AUGAUUUAUCAUUUAUCAUAUAUAUACAUUUUACGACUCAUACAAAAUCUUAGAAUAUGUGACGCGAAUUUUGAUCGUUCACUUUGUUGGAGGCGAACUGAAGUUAAUACUACAGCGCAACGAAAAUGUCCAUUUACUUUUUGCAUGAAUAUUAAUGGAUGUCAGCAAAUUGCCCAAUAUAAAGUGGAAAGAACUUGCCGCGCAGAUGGUACUUGGGCUGAUCCAGUUUAUGAACAAUGCAUUGAAGUCAUUAAAAAUCAUCCGCAGUGUAUCGUCGGUUUCUGUAAAACGUGUCCUGAUUUCCUUCGAGAUUUGGUCAUUGGUGUUUCAUUAACUUUAAGUAUCAUAUCAGUCGCAUUACUUGUUACUGCAAUUGCAUUAUUUACAAUUUUCGAUUCGAUACAAUGUAGGAGAUUAUUUAUUCAUAAAAAUUUGGCGACAGCUUUUGUCUUCCGCUUUGCUGUUCUUGCUGUUUGGACUAUUUUACAAGCAUCGAACGCCUUCCAGGAUUGCAAUUUUUUCAAUGCAGUGCCUAUUUUAAAAUAUGAAUGGAUGUGUAAACUUUUGCUCUGGUUUGUCAUUUAUUUCCAGGUUGCCUCAGUAAUAUGGAUGCUUAUCGAAGGUGGUUAUUUGUACAGUAGAUUUACAAUAUUUGCUAUGAGACACAGUGAUGUUCCAUACUACAUUUAUUUGCUUUGUGGAUGGGGUGUCUCACUUAUCGUUGUUAUUUGUUGGACGUUUGUGCAUCAACAUCGGUCGAGCCAAAGCAAUAAUUCAUUUUGUUGGUUGCCAUAUGCACAAGGAUCACAUCUUUGGAUUCUUGCUGGUACUAUGGGGGUCGCUAUAAUUUUUAAUCUACUCUUUCUUCUUGGAAUUGUUGUUAUCCUCGUGCAAAAAUUACGAGCAGAAAAUACGGCGGAAUCAAAAAAAAUAUGGCGAGCAGUAAAAGCAACAUUAUUACUUGUUCCAUUACUUGGUAUCUCAAAUAUACCAUUAUUUUAUGAGCCAACAAAGCCGAGUGGUGCAUAUAUGUUGGGCUCAGCAAUAUUGCAACACUCUCAACGAAAUACAAAGUGCUGUGAAGCGACAGUUUUCUAA